AAGAAAAGGAGCCCGGCUGGUGGAAGUUUGAGCCAUUACUCGGCUUCUUUAUCGUGUGCUGUUCUUGACCAAUAGACGGUUGUUUUGGAAGAUGAACAUAGGCGCCAUUUCCCUCCCCGCUCUCUGAGGCGCUUAUUGGUGGCCCGCUGAAAGGGAUCACGGGUGCUCAGGAAACUGAUGUUUUGUGUCCGCCAUGUUGGCUCCUGUCUACAUUCUUAUCAGACGGAUUGGCCAUUUCAACUGGAGCCCGAAUGGCGUCAGUUGCAGAACGAACUUAGCCCUAAAAACCUUGAUUGGUGGAAUCUAGUCCGAGGUUUGAUUGGUCUGAAGGACAGAUCCAAACGUUGCCUUUAUUGGUUAGACCGCUUCUUCCUAGCAUCGGAAAGCCUUGCAAACUUUCACUUGAUGGCAGGACUCGUUGUCCAGUGGUUAUUAUAAUUAAACACCUAAGCUCUACAACAAUCACACGUGUGCAUCUCCAACAAGCUAACAUAAACUUCACUAACGUUAUCAUACCGUUAGCUGCUAGUGCUAAAUGUCGAGCGUUGAUGUGCUGGUGUUUUAGCAGCCGAUAUGUCACAGUUUAGCUCUACAGUGUAUUUUAACUUUCUAGUUUAUUGUAACGUGCUUAUUAGUAAUUAACUCCUGUAUUCGGUCUGCUGCCCUAUGAUGUAACAUCGGUUAAUGUCUCCUGCUAGCCGCUUUGUUUGUCCUCACCGGCUAAUGUCUGCUGUAGCGACCCAGUUUAAGUGCAACAUCAUGAGAGAAGCUAAGGCGUUAAAGAGCAAUGGUGCUCUACUCCCAGUGUAAAUGCAAAGUGCAAUCUAUAUGCAAAUGCCAAGUGUGUCUUUACUGUUAAUCAGAUCAGCGUAAGCUACGGUCCUGUUGUUGAUGAAAAUUUAUUUACAAUCCCUUUUAUAAUGCUUAAAUAAUGAAAGAAGAGUUUUAAAUUACGCCACAAUUUAAAAAAAAAACUAAAUCACCCAUCAUGCACUUUUUCAUCAAUGAUAAUUCAAUAAAUGCUUUUAGCAUACCAGCAAUUUGUUUUAUGUUAAAGAUUAAGAAGACAGUACCACCUCUGCUAUAGCCUCAGUUAUUAUAAUUAUUUCUAAGGUGCGUCAGCAUUUCCUAUUAAUUUUUAGCGGAAUAGACAAAUGCUGUGUACAGAUUAGUUUUGUAAAUGUAUUCAUCUGUUGCGUUCUUACUUCUAGCAGGCACAUUAUAUUUAACAUGACUGGAUGAGGGAGAGUCACCUGUGAGAAAGUCAGUCAGUUUACCAUUUAUUCAUGCAGGUGUUUUUGCCUCUUAAUGGGUAAAUGCAUGGCUUGGCCUGGCUAUCCUCAGGGUGCUGUGUGUUUAUGAAACCUAUGGUCUGGCUGGUGGUGUAUGUUUAUCUCUAAACAGCGUCAGAGAGAGCAAAUAUGUCCCCGCUACGGGCAGCACAGGUCAUGGGAAGGUCUCAUUUGCUCGGUGACCUUGCCAGGUGUCAUCACUGAGGCAUUUUGGGUAGUCAGAAUACAUCUACAGAGAAAACCGCUGAAGAGAUUAAUCUGUGCGGCUCUGCUCUAAUCAUUAACCGGAUGGCUGUAGUACCUGCUCUAGUCCCCAUGCUCCUCACAAAAAUAGUAAAGGGAACAUUUGGCUUUGUUUCUCUUGAGUCUCUAUCUUGUUCUAUCGCCCUCUCUCCACUUGUUCUACCCCUCCCAUCCUAGAACAACUCUCCUCUCUGUCCUUCUCCAUCCUUCCGGUUCCCCUCCCCCUCUAGGUUUUUCAUUGAUGGGGCAGGUUUGCUCUCUUUUUCUCUCUCUUAAGCUCGUUGUGUUCCUCACUACAGUCGGGAUUUGCAGUAAACUGCAGCAUAAAGCUUCAGGUCAUACCUCUAUCCUUCGCACGAGUUUUCAGUAAAAAGCACUCUGGCCCCAGUUUUAUUACCAUCACACCUGCAAUUUCUGUCACUUCUCAACGCUUUGUGUCUAACAUUUAUGUGUCUUAAUGAGUUUGCAUACUCGAUGUGCAAUUACUGAUGCAGUUGAUGAGUUGGCCAAAUGAGCAGCAGUGUCAUGCUUUGGCCCUCUAAAGUAAAGGUUACGGUGUUGAAGAAACUACGCAGCGGUGAGUUAACAAGAAGGGCAUUGUGUGACAUUGCUGACGUGGGUUUUUGAUGACGUUUAAAUUGUGGAAGUUGCUGUGAGUGUAGUUUUUUUUUUUUUUUUUUUUUUUUUUUUGGGGUCAAGACAACAAUGUCUUUGUUGACAGACUUUCACCCCUAUCUUAUUCUUGUUUAUCCACAAAUAGGACGGGAAUCAAAUGCAAUCUUUUUUUUCCUCCACCGUGGCUGCUCGCUCACCAGUCAGUGGAUUCUUCUUCAUCUUGUACAAAGGCUCGACAAUGAUCUUUUUUGCCCUAAUUAGUAUUUGUGUAAAUUUGACUGACACCAUAAUUAAAGUUUCAUUGUAUUAAUGUUGUGGCUGCAAUUUUACUAAUUGUUCCUGUGAGUCAUGAGCAUUUGUUGAAUAUAGUCAAUUAUAUUCAACUAAUUCAUAUUCUAAACGAAUAAUGACGAGUGGCCAUAGAGUGCCUUUAACUGAUAACUUGUGCAAAUGAUGGUGGUGUGACCUGAAUGUACAAUGAAUCUCAUAACACUUUGGCUGGUUAUAGGCUAGAUGUUUGUGUUAUGUGUACCUGUGACUGUGAGCAAGGAUGAAUGAGAAAGCAAGGACAAAGUGUGCGUGUGUGUGCGCAUGUACACCUGUGCACACGUAUGAGACGGAGAGUCUGCCUAGUAUGCUUUUGUACUUUAAAUCAUGUGGAUGCAACAUGCGGCAUCCAUUCUGGCACUUGCUUUAGCCAGUGAGGACUAGCGUGGCUGCCUGCAUCACGGUGCUGUCAGCCUGUAGCGGCAGAGAGGAGGCGGGGCGGAGGGAGACAUUUAGUUUGACAUUGUAAAUAAGCAGAGAGCAGUUGUCAGAGAGCAGACCGCGGAACCUUUCUCAUCCGUCCAGCAGCAGGAGAGGCAAGGACCGCCCGAGGACAAACAAUGCCGAGAUUAGAGGAUGUCUGCCGACGCAUUCGGAGCCGGGGGCAGCGAUGCCCAGCAAACCCUGCAGUCCUUCUGGCCUCGAGUCAUGGAGGAGAUCAGGAACCUGACUGUGAAGGAUUUCCGCGUGCAGGAGUUACCUCUGGCUCGAAUCAAAAAAAUCAUGAAGCUGGAUGAGGAUGUCAAGAUGAUCAGUGCAGAGGCUCCGGUCCUGUUCGCCAAGGCCGCUCAGAUCUUCAUCACAGAGCUCACCCUCAGAGCGUGGAUCCACACCGAGGACAACAAGAGACGCACGCUGCAGAGGAAUGACAUUGCCAUGGCAAUAACAAAGUUCGACCAGUUUGACUUCCUGAUUGACAUCGUGCCCCGGGACGACCUGAAGCCCCCUAAACGACAGGAGGAGAUGCGUCAGUCGGUAGCUCCAGCAGAGCCGGUGCAGUACUACUUCACUUUGGCCCAGCAGCCUGGAGCCGUACAGGUGCAGAGCACACAACAGGGCCAGCAGCAAGGCGCACAAACAGCCACCACCAUCCAGCCCGGACAGAUCAUCAUCGCUCAGCCACAGCAAGGACAGAUGCUGCAAGGUGCCACCAUGCAGCAGUUACAGCAAUUGCAGAUGCUGCAAGGUGCGACCAUGCAGCAGUUACAGCAUGUGCAGGUGCAGUCACAGGGCACACCCAUCACGAGUGCACCCGUGGCGAUGCAGGUGGGUGAGGGCCAACAGGUACAAAUUGUCCAGACUUCAUCUGCCCAGGGUCAAGCUCAGCAAGCCCAAGGCCAGACCAUGCAGGUCAUGCAGCAGAUCAUCACCAACACAGGAGAGAUCCAGCAAAUCCCGGUGCAGCUAAACACGGGACAGCUCCAAUACAUCCGUCUAGCCCAGCCUGUGUCUGGAGCUCAAGUGGUCCAGGGACAGAUCCAGACUCUCGCCAACGCUCAGCAGAUCACACAGGCAGACGUACAGCAAGGACAGCAGCAAUUCAACCAGUUUACUGACGGACAGCAGUUGUAUCAGAUUCAGCAGGUGACGAUGCCAGCAGGACAGGAGCUGACCCAGCCCAUGUUCAUUCAGUCCACCAACCAGACAGUCGACGCACAGGUCACGCAGGUCAGCACCGAGUGAGCCCGACAAGGAACCCUUUCUCCACACACGCGCAACACGCAUACCAGCCCAACAGAUGCCACCAACCACGACAAAGGACGCUUGACAAACUUCAGUUAUAAGGACUGCUCAUCUAGACGAGGGACCUGAAAUCUUAGAACACUCUUUGUAAUCAAUUUAGUACACCGGAUUAAAAAAACGACAACAACAAAGGGACCCGGAUUGACUCUCUCUCAAAAUCACACGUUAAGUUGCAUCCAUGCUUUUUGUACUUCUGUCACCGACCAUUUGUAGAGAAAAUAUGCAUCCGCUGCCACCACGGCAGUCUUUCCACAGACCGACUCAACUAUACUUCCAUCUCAAAACUUCUAAGGUUUUUCCAACUUAAGUGUUUUAUUCCUGGCGCCUUCCUUUCUGCUCUUUAUCUGGAAGUCAAUUGGGAAAGUGUCCGUCUCUCUCUACACACGACGUGCUCCUGAUGCAUCUGUGGUUGAAGGUAGCCGUGAGAUCCUCCACCUCCUCAAUCAUACCCUCGUUAUUGUUUUCCAUAUCGCUGAUGUAUGAAGUGAAGCCAUAUACCUCAGAUAUCACUUUUUAAAGAACGUCAAUCUAAGGGAUCACGAGGAAGAGGUUGUAAUGAUUUCAUGUAGUUUCUCUCUUGUUGUUUUUCCACAUUGUCGAUGGAGCAUGACUUUAUGUUGUACGGGGGCUUCAAACUGUAGAGGUUAACUGUGUGUGUGACGGUCGUCUUUACUCUUCCACGUUGCUCCUUUCAUUCGCUCUUCUCUGCCUCUAUACAGCUUCACUCAACCCUCUCUUGAGUCUUGUGUCCUGGUUUAAGUCAUGUUCAAAACAUCUGGAGCAAAAACAAACAAAAAAAACCCUUUCAUAGAACUCCCUUUUUUAAAUUAAAUUGUUUUUCUUUUGGUUUUGAGAUGUUUGGCCUCAUAUCCUCUCGUUCAUUUUUUGUACAGUAAUGAUUAUUGUCAAUGUUCUUAUUAUUGUUGUUUUUGCAUGUAGUUCAAACUGCCAGCAUGACAUGCAAUAGAUAGGUACACUUUUUAUUUUUGAUGUUCCUUUUUGUAAACAAACUUUGUUUGUGAGAAAAAAAUAAAAAAACAUAACUUG